GUUAAACAUUCUAAGAGGGACAUAAUAGCAUAGGAAGGAGAAACAGAGGUUUGAGUUGUUGUGUGUGGUUUCAAUUUGAGUCACAUCUCUGUGCUUUCUCAUCGUCACCUCUCGCUUUUGAUCUCUCUUUAAGGAACACGCCAUUGAAGCUCAUUCUAGCUUUUUUCAACAUUGCACACAAGUGUAGGUUUGAAGCUGUUGCCAUUGGAAAUUAACACUUAUUUUUUGUUAGUGAAAGUAUAGAGUAGAAAAAAAUGAUUAGACGAAGGUUAUCUGUUUUCUCAACGUCAAUCAUCAGAAGCUCAACUCAUAGCAAACCCAUACUCAGAUGCCCAUCUAUCCAAUUUCAACCCUUUCAUCUCUCUCAUUCUCCCAAUGCUCAUCGAACAAUUAGUUGUUAUGAAUUCCCAGAUUUUCAAGGCUUUAGAGCGUACAGUCUUCUGAGCUUGAAUGAUUUGAGAGAUAAGGUUCCUAGGAAGCAGCCAACAAGGAAAGGGCGCGGGAUUGGGUCUGGAAAGGGUAAGACUGCUGGGAGGGGUCACAAGGGUCAGAGAGCUAGAAAAGGUAUAAAAUUGGGUUUUGAAGGAGGCCAGACCCCUCUUCGAAGAAGAGUACCCAAACGUGGGUUCAAGAACCCAUUUAGCCUUACUUUUCAACCAAUAGGUUUGGGUAGAAUUGCAAAGUUUAUUAAUGCUGGGAAGAUAGAUUCUUCCGAACUGAUUACAAUGAAAACACUCAAGGAUGCAGGGGUACUUGGGAAGCAAUCGAAAGAUGGAGUGAGAUUGAUGGGACGUGGUUCAGAGCAGAUCAAGUGGCCAAUUCAUCUAGAGGUAUCAAGGGUUACUGUUAGGGCUAAGGAAGCAGUUGAAGCAGCUGGUGGGUCUGUGAGAAGGGUUUAUUACAAUAAGUUGGGCUUGAGGGCACUGCUGAAGCCUGAGUGGUUUGAAAAGAAAGGAAGAUUGUUGCCUAAAGCAGCUAGACCUCCUCCAAAGCAAAAGGAUAAAGUUGAUAGCAUUGGUCGGUUGCCAGCACCAACAAAGCCAAUUCCAUUUUUAGUUGAAACAACCAAGGAUCUUCCAGUUCAGCCAUUUAGUUAAAUAACUAAUAUGUGAGCACUAUUCUUAAAAAUUGUGAUUCUCUAUGGUGCAAGUUUGGCUCACAAGUUUUGCAGUUCAUGCAAUGCCAGGUUAUUAAUUCAGAAUUAGAUAAAUGAAUUCCUUGAAGACAAAUGAAAGGGAAAAUCUUGUUUAUUACUUCAUUUCUUUUAAGGAUUUGAUCUUUGUCACUCAGUUGAAAAGAGCCUUAGGUUAUUCUCUCUGUGCUGGGAAUAGAAUCUUAGCUUCUUCAUUAAGGGUAAUUUGCAAGAACACUCUUCACUGUUUACUUUUCUCUGGGUAUGGAUGGUUUUUGUCAAACUGACUCAGCUGAAUUUUCAUAAAUGGACGAUUGUUUCGAUCCGAAUUUAUCAAUAUACGACUUGUUUUUGGUGC